UCUCUUGCUCUUUCACUGGAUAUUAUAAUUACAGAUGAAGGACACUCUGGUUAUAACGAUAUGCUACGCCGUGACUGUGUUCUCUGGAAUAAUAUACCUGUGUAUCUCAGCAAUGAAUGCGGCCAUCUUUAUCACCGUUGCGUUGUUACAGCAUCAUUAAGUUGCGUUGACAGCGUCCCGCCUAUCAUAGCUCCUAUCCAAUCACGCCAUAAUUUUUUUCGGUGGGUAGUUCAAAAUCUAAACUGUAAAGGCAAACAUCCUGCGUCAUAGCGAUCUGCACUUCAAAUGAACCAUAGGCUACUUUGUGAUGUAGGCCUACGUGACGAUGUUUCAGCAGCAGCUUUAGCCUACUGUUUUCGGACAUUUAGACUAGGCUACAGCAAAUGAAAGAAAUACAUUCAAUCGGACAUCGCUGUGACACUGCUCAUGGAGGAUCAUCGUAGCCUAUUCGCGGUCGAUUCGGUAGGAUGGCACCCAAUGGAGGAAGACAUGUGUUAUGGUUUUAAUCACAUUUAAAAAUGGCUGACACACUCUGCAAUGCCUCUGCCCAAGGAAACCUACCCAAAGUGUUGUUUUUGCUGCAAAGUGGAGCAGAUGUUAAUGGAUUUAGUUCACACAACAUGACUGCACUUCAGGUGGUCAAGUUGGGGAACGACGCCUUGGUAAGGGUUCUUCUCGAGGCCGGGUCAGACCCCAACGUACGCGACCCAUUCUGUGGCCUCACGGUGACCCAUGACGCCGCGCGCGAGGGAUUCAUAGAUUCUGUACGUGUGCUGGUGAACCACGGGGCAGAUUUAAACAUUGUGGAUAAUAAAGGUAACCUCCCGCUGCACCUGGCAGCCAGGGAGGGCCAUCUGAAUGUGGUCCAGCUGCUGAUCGGACUCACGGCGAACCCGCAAACCCCCAACGGGGAGGGACUUACAGCCGGUCAGCUCGCGCAACUCCACGGGAAGGUUUCCACUGCCCAAUUCAUCGAGGACUAUUUGAGCGCACGUGUGUGAGCAUUCUAAGUUUUCUUUUCAAUU